AUGUCUGUAGUUCGGCAGCUCGAGGCUCUAGUGCUGUAUGGCAGAGUACGGACGCUCUUUGUCAGUGGCCUGCCUUUGGACAUCAAACCCCGGGAGCUCUAUUUGUUGUUCAGACCGUUCAAGGGAUAUGAAGGCUCUCUUAUUAAACUCACAUCUAAGCAGCCCGUGGGCUUCGUUAGUUUUGACAGUCGCUCAGAAGCGGAAGCUGCAAAGAACGCUUUGAAUGGAAUUCGCUUUGACCCAGAAAUCCCUCAGACGCUCCGGCUAGAGUUCGCUAAGGCCAACACGAAGAUGGCUAAGAGUAAAUUAGUGGGAACGCCAAAUCCAAGCACUCCAGCCGCCCCCAACACUGUACCUCAGUUCAUUACCAGAGACCCAUAUGAGCUCACAGUGCCUGCACUUUACCCCAGUAGCCCUGAAGUGUGGGCGCCAUACCCUCUCUACCCAGCGGAGUUAGCACCUGCUCUACCUCCGCCUGCUUUCACCUACCCCGCUUCACUGCAUGCCCAGAUGCGCUGGCUCCCUCCCUCCGAGGCCACUUCUCAGGGCUGGAAGUCCCGACAGUUCUGCUGAAUACUGUGUACCAGGUGUGUGAUGGCGGCUACAAUCUGUCUUGUGGGUAUUAAAGGGUUCUUCCUAAGUCGCUACCAGUAUCUUACCUUCAUCUGCAAAAAUACAGUGUGGUGGGCUUAAGAGACCUCCCACCAGCUUGGAUCCCUUCAAGACUUUGCCACAGCCUCUAUCACACAUCUGCUCUCCUGGAAGCAAAAUU